UUUCGGAUACAAAAGUCUGAAAUAAAAACAAAAGUAAAGAAACAAAAAUACUGUGUCCGCAUUGGUUGCUCAGAAAAAGCCUUUCUACGUACCUUCCUCCUCUGAUUCUGUCCUCCCACCGCCCGGACUUCUUCUCUUCCGAUGAUCGGAGAGAAACAUCAGCCGGAGCUGGAACCAGAAAUGACACACGAAGAGGAGGAGGCUGAGGAUGAAGAGGAGCGAAAUGUUUUGCUACGGAAGACAUCUCGUCAACACGCCCAAUCUAGCAUCUCAUCAUCCACUGACAGCGAUGAAAUCUUCUCCGGGAAUUCCCAGGGUCUUCAAUUCAUCAUUCGAGAUCAACAACAUCAACAACAAAACCAAGGUACUGGAUAUUCUAAUGGAUCUUCUCGGUUGGAAAUUGAUGGUGAUCAUCCAGUUUACGAAGUAAUUCCCUCUGAUGAGAUCGAAGUUGUAGACACAAGAAAAACAGACGCCCAGAAUGGUACCACGAUUAAGUUCCAGCGUGAUCACAGCCGCUCUUUAGCUUUUGCUAAUCCACCGUCCAAUGGAGCAAUUGAGAACCAAGCUUCAUACUAUACUUCUCUCGAUAAUGGGACUAGUGGAUAUAAAAGAGUGGAAUUGAGGACAGAAAAUGGAACCGAAGUGACAGAUUUAUAUCUUGAAAGGAUAUAUGAGAAACCCAGCUCACAUAAUUUCUACUGUCCUAAUUGUCAGGCUUGUAUUACGAAGGUAAUUAUACGUGAUAGAGAAUGGGUAAAUAAUACUGUGUCUGCACCAGCUCCUACUCAGGUUGAUAAAUUCAGAUGCACCUCUUGCCUCAGUUUCCUCGUCCCUAUAGGUUCAUGGCUCUUUCCUAGAUUGGUUUCUCCUGAUCCUGAGGAGGAAGUUUCAUCUAGACCAGGAAAUAAUGUUGAAAACAUAGAGUACAGAGAAAGAGAGAUAUUUCAAGUUCAGGAAACAAGAGAUUCUCAAGAAAGUCAAGUUGAUAGAGCUCCAGUUCCCAACCAGUCAGUUGAUAAUGCAGUAGCUGAUAAAAAUGAAGUCGGGCCUGAUCCAUCAGUUGGUAAUGCAGUAGCUGAUCAAACACGAGACAUCCAUGCUGUAUCUGAUUCAAAGCCGACUCAUCCUUUUCUUAACCCAACAGUUGCCGAGGAAAGGGUUCUGCCGGUUAAGGGAGUGGAAAGCAAACAAGGAAUUCAAGCUGAUUCCAUUAAUAAAACCCAAGUUCCUGAUCAGUUGGUUGAAUUUGAUAUGUGGACCAAUGACAACACCCUGGAAACUAAAGUAGAUUCUCCUGUAGAUUCGAGUAUACUAGAUGGUGCAAAGGACACCAAGAAAGGAAUUACUGUUGAGAAUAUUGUAGUUGGAAUUCCAUACACAUCACAUGAGUCAAAUGGAUCAGUGCAGGAUGAUAAUCAAACUUCCAGAGUAAACAAAGUGCUAGUUCAGAAUCAGUCAAAUGGAUUUGCAGUAUUAUCAAAGUCUGAAACUGAUACUAGAGCUGAUUCAACACCAGGUCAUACUGAGAGCGCAACAGAUACAUUUGAUGAAAAAAAGGGCAUUGAUGUUGAGAAUGUUGUGGUUGGAAUUCCAUACCCAUCCCUAGAGUCAAAGGGAGGACUGCUUGAUCGAUUUAGGCUACCUGCAUUUUUUAACAAAACUCCUGUUCCCGAUCAGUCAGCUGCAGUUGCUAAGACAGAGAUCCCAAAAACACCAGAAUUUGUAGAAGCUACUGAGCCUGAUUCUUCUCCAUUUUCUCCCUCCCUUGAAGCACCAACUACAGUUGAGAGAGCAACGGACACUGCAGUGGGCAGUCGUGAAGUUGAAGCAGGACCUGUGGCUAUUUCCAUUGAUGAUUCUCUGGAUGAACAAAUAGAACCUGAACCAAGUAGGUAUAACUGGUGGGAAAUUGUGAAAUGUAUAGUUUAUGGUGGUUUAGCCGAAUCGAUUGCAAGCCUCGGUAUUGUGACAUCUGCAGCAAGUGGCAAUACUGGAACACGGAACAUUGUAGUUUUGUCGUUGGCAAACCUGAUCAGUGGCCUUUUUAUCCUUGGACAUAAUUUGACAGGACUUAAGAGUGAGCAGUUCAGGACGUCUAAUGAAACAGACGAUGAUGAUCGUGUAGACCGAUACGAAGUAGUACUUGGAAACCGAGAGAAUUACAUUCUACAUUUUGUGCUUGCUAUCUUCUCGUUUGUAUUCUUCGGCCUAGUCCCUCCUCUCGUUUACGGUUUCUCAUUCACCAAGAGCAAUGACAAGGAUCUCAAGCUUGCAGCAGUGGCGGGAGCUUCUCUUUUAUGCAUCAUAUUACUUGCCCUUGGGAAGGCUUACAUUCAGAGACCAAAUAGGUGGGAUGUGUACAUCAAAACAGUAGCAUCUUACAUCGUUAUAGCGGCUGGGGCUGGAGGUUUCUCAUACUUGGCCGGUAGUCUGAUUGACAAGUGCAUCAAGAAAUAUGGUUGGUUUGAGGAAGAAAACCCUGCAUCAUUCAAUCUCGGUCUGCCCCUUCCAGAGAUGAGUUUAGUGAAAGCUGCAUGGGGAUCCUCUUGAAGUAGGUUCAAAUAUGAAGGUAGAAUAUUUAGCUUUUAAACAACUUUCAAAUGUUGCCAAUUUUCUCUUCAAUCUAAAUUUCUUGAUCCUUAUGGUUUCUGUCUCUCCAUCUCCUUUUCAUAUUCUGCCAUAUCGCAUAGAACUGUCUAAUGAUGAAUGGUUUUUAUAUGGAAUAAAAUAAAUCACAUGGAAGAAUAUGGGAAUUUUGUA